GUAGCUUGUACUUUUAUUCAAAAUGUGCUUGUAAAAGUUUUUAGUUACAUUGUUGCAGGAAAAUCAGCAGCAGUUAUUUAGCAUAUUUUGAUUAGCUGUUUUACAUGUUUCUGGCUGUAGUUGAGUGUCUCAUUUGGGCACUUCAACCAGCUGAAGUGUCACUUCUACAGCUGUUCUCUCAGUUAAAGUGUGUAUCUCCUGCCUGCCUGUCAGACGGCCUCCCAUCUCCAUGUUCUGUCAUGGGACAGGUAAAUAAUUCAAAACUUCAGGCCGUAUCAGAUGUGGACUCUCCUCUCUCUCUCUCUCUCUUACUCGCCCUCUCUCGCCCUAUAAUAGGCAUUAACGGGGACCUGAAAAAACCCAUUACAGACAUAAGGAGAGUGUCAUCACACACAGAAUAACUACAGCGUGAAAAUUGUCACCAUCACAGGUACGAAAAACCGUCUCUUCAGUGUUUGUCUGUAAAUGUUUUUGAUAUCGUGCUCUGGAGUUGAUUGCACGUGUUUAUUGUUGCUUUGUGCAGCGUUAAGUGUGUAUUUUCCAACAGAAACAAGAUGUCUGGUGUGAACAGUGACCUCCUACAUAGAUCAACUUUGAGUGUUUAUAAUAACCUCAUGGAUCAGUUUAAUCCAGGCCUGCAAAAGCUGGUUACUUUAGGAAACAGCUACAUCAAGGCUUUUCAAGCUUUGACUCUGACAAGUGAGGCCUACUUCAGUGCUCUUGCUAUGAUGGGUGAGCAAGCUCUCAACACAUUAUCAUCCAGAUCACUUGGUGAUGUGUUGAUUCAGAUAUCAGAGACCCAGCGGAAGUUGACGGCUGAAGUGGAGGGUGUGUUCUGCUGGUUCCAAGUGGAGGUUCUGCAAGCUAUGGACAAGAACGUGAAACUGGAUGAAGAAUAUAUUGAAGGCAGCCGUAGAGUGUAUGAAUUGGAAGUGAGGAAUCAGGCUGCAGCACUGGAGCGACAGCUGAGGCGUGGUGCGUUCAGAGACUCGCUGGAGGGCAGUGAGUACAUGCAGUACCUGAGGCAGAGCCAGCAUGAAAUUCUCAAAGAGGAAGAAAGGAGGUAUCGUUUCCUGGCCGAAAAGCACUGCGGACUUACACAGUCACUACUAUACCUUAUCAACAAGACGGGAGUAUCUCUCCAGCAGAGAGCAGAUGGAUGGAAAGAAAAAGUUAGUGAGAGCAGAAGUUCCAGACCUCGAACACCCACUCCAUCAGAUCAAGAAGCCCAGUUAAAGAGUUCUCUGGGCUCUCUGCUGCAGACUGGAGAUCGAGAAAUGGACCGUGAGCCGCUGGGCAGAGUGCCCUCUAGAGCCCCAUCUCCUCUCCCUAGUCGUUCCCGCUCCAGCUCUGUAGGUGAAUCUUUGGGUCUGGGUGGUGGCCGCUCCAUGAGGGCCAUUGUGUCCCACCCCGCUUCAUCCAAUCCAGUCCUGCUGCCUUUUUCCCGUGGUGACGUGCUUACUGUACUCAUAUCAGAACCACGCAACGGUUGGCUGUACGGACGCCAUGAUUCAAGCCUCCGUCAAGGUUGGUUUCCUGCUGCCUAUGUGGCAUCCGUUGAAGACUUUAUACCUUUGGGCUCAAGUAGUACGUCACACCGAAGCCACAGCAUGAACAACCUCCUGGAGCCAACCAGCCAAUCAGAAUAUUCAGACACCCAGAGCUACAGUGACUUCCCGUCCCCAGUGGUAUCUAUGCGUCGUGCGUCGGUGGAUCUUCGCCCAAACUCUCCCCUCCCUGAAAAGAAGGUGGAGUCUAACAACGAGGUCAAGACCAGCCAGAAAACCUACCAUGAGAUCCCGCCCCCAGCUGUACCACUCCACCGUGGAUCAGCUGACAUUAGAACAAUAUCUUCCCUCCCUGACAGGAGGGCGGAGUCUCAUUUUGAGAGCAAAGUAGAGCACAAAAAUUUUAAUGAACUCCCACCUCCAGCUCCGCCCCUUCCAAACUCUCCUUUGCCUGAGAGAAAGACCGAAUCAACCUCCGAGAGGCCAUCUACUCAUGGACAACCACCAGAGCACCCUCUUUUCCCCAGAGGAUCAAAUCCUUUUGCCACCGUAAAGCUCCGGCCCACAGUCACCAACGACAGAUCAGCACCACGGAUUCACUGACAGUCACCGUCACAAAAACACAUCACCUGCACUCUGACUGGUUCAGAGUCUGUACUAAAUUGAUUUGUCCAUAAGUAUACAAUUUAAGUCAAUUUUAAUCUUAGAAUGAAAAGAGAUUUUUAAAAUGAAUUUAAAGGCACUUUUUAACUAAAUUUAGUAUUUAAGUUGAAUGGCUAUACCCAGCUGUGUAGCAUCAUUCUCUCAAUGCAUUAUUUACAUUUUCUUUCAGCUAAAUGGAGUUAUCUAAAUCAUUUAAAGGGGUUAUAUAAUGAGAAUAGAAUUAGACAUACUAUAAAAACAUCCUUCAAAAAGGUCAAAAGUUACAAAACUGCUUUAUGAUAUUAGCUUGAGCGCCCAGGUUGACACAUCAACACUUACAGACACGUAAAAGAAGGUAAAAUGGUCAUAAAAACAGAAUUUACUGUCUUUCAAACAAAACAUCUUGACUAACAUAAGUACUCCAUAGAAAAAAAUAAAUACAAUUAUAGAAAAAGACCCCUUUAGAUUCAUAAUACUUUAAGACAGUGCUAUGUUUAUGGUGGUAAAUCUAAUCAAUAGGUUUGUUUUCAUGUGUGCAUCUGUCUGAAUGUUGUGUAUUUGAUAGGUAUUAUAAUCUAUAUACGUUUAGAGAAAUCACAGAUUUCACAAAAUGUUUUUGUGUUUUAGGUGUUGUUUAGCAUAAUUAUUUAUUUAUUUAUUACAAAGGAAGAAAUCAUGUAUUUAUUGUGUGUAGUUUUGCGCUGGAUUGUGAAUCUCAAGGUUGGCAUUAAUAUUUAGUGUUUUUUGUCAUUUUAGGGCUGUUAAUUUAAUGUGAUUAGUUAUGGAAAAAACACAAUAAUAAAUUAGCACAAUUAAUUGUGACCCUUGACCCAUACUCCUACAUAAAUUCUGUAAUGCCGUCGGCGUCAUCGCAAUUCAGUUAAUUUUAGUAAAUUUUUUGGGCAUUUCAUGUAAUUAAUUAAAUUGACAGCCCUACUUGGAAAUUUUUAUUUAUUUAUUUAUUGUCAAAUAACUUUUUUUCAAAUAAUUCAAGAUUAAGAGAUUGAAUGUAAUACACUUGCACUAGAGGAGUCAAUGAAAUAAAUGGAAAAAAACAGUGUUUUUUCUCAACGCAUGGCUUUAUUUUAUCUCUCUUAAAUAUUUUUUUCUCUCAUUUCGUCUCGUCCUUCUCUUCAUGUAUUCAUCGUGUUCAGUGGCUCUAUCACAAGAGAGGAGCGAAACGGGGAAGGGAUGACAGAUGGAGCGAGAUAAGGAGAAGA